AUGGACUGGUCCUUGUUUCGCACGGUCUUUCUCGCGCGGCACGAAGGCGCCAUCGAUGAACUCCAUCGUCUGUCACCCUCGGGGACCACGCUCUUGGCGGUUGUGGACAGUCGACUGGUGCGCUACGCCUGCUGCGCGCUGGUCCUCCUCGGCGGCGUCUAUGUUGUCACGACCCGACUACCGCUUCUGACGUACGUUGCUGCCCUUUAUACGAGCAUCGUGGGCAUUUCGUUGGCCCAUGCGCUGGGAAUGCCCGUGCAGUACGAAGCUGUUUUGGCGCCGCUCGUGGCGGCGGUCGCCGGCUCCCACCCACGCGUCGGCCGCGUUGCGUCUGUCCUGCUCUGGAGCGCCACAGUGUGGACCCAGCUCUACGCGUCGACGUUGCCGGCGCUGAUGAAAGAUGCAGCUGCAGAAGCACAGGGUCUCUUUGCCAUACCUUUUCUUUUCCGCGGCGGCGAGUUUGCAGAUAUCUUGUGCCUUGCGAGCGACUCGCCGCGCAUCGGCGAUCACCUUUUACAGUACCAGUUCAUGUACAAGAAAUCGUUCUAG